AUGUCUCAGAUCAAAGUUGGUGACUACCUCUUCCGCCGUCUUCACGAGCUCGGCAUCCGCUCAGUCUUUGGCGUUCCAGGAGACUACGAACUUGCCCUCCUGGAUCUCGUCACAGACAACGACCUCGUCUGGAAGGGUAACCCUAAUGAACUCAUCUCUUCUUACGCUGCAGAUGGCUAUGCUCGUGUCCGUGGCGCGGGAGCCUUUGUCACCACCUUCGGUCCUGGUGAACUAUCCGCGUAUUGUGGUAUGGCUGGCCACUACGCGGAAUUUGUUCCUGUUGUGCAUAUCGUUGGCUACCCAACUGUCGAUGCUGUCCGCAACAAGAGAAUCAUGCAUCACAGUCUUGGAAACGGGAAGUUCGACAUGUAUGAGAACAUGGCUAAGAACAUCACCGCUGCAACUGUCGUGAUCAACUAUGCACCUACUGCGGCCCGAGAGAUCGAUGAAGCGCUUACUGUUAUGAUGCGUGCUGUGCGCAACGGUGUCCUUGAAGAAUCGCAUGAGCUGAUCAAGUUGACCAACCUCCCAACCUUUACUACCGCGAUGGGCAAAGGGGGCCUUGAUGAAUCCAUUCCCCAGUUCGCAGGUGUCCACUCCGGGGCUGGCACUCUGCCCGCCGUGAAAGAGGCGCUUGAAUCUGUUGACACAGUCAUCUGGAUCGGCAACUAUCCUUCUGAUUUCAACACGGGCGAGUUUACGACUGUUGUAAACAAGGAUGCCAUUGUUAUUGACCUCCAACGUUUCGCGGUUUCUAUUGGCAAGAUCCAGUACCCGGUCUCAAUGAAGCAUGCCAGCGACGACCUGAAGCAAGAUUUCCUCUGGGGUAAACUCAGUUCCUUUUUCCGCCCUGGUGAUGUUAUCAUUGGUGAGACCGGUACCUCCGCUUUCGGCCUGUGCGAUACCAAACUCCCCAGCGGAGUGAUGAUGUUCAACCAAACCGUAUAUGGCAGUAUUGGGUAUGCUACUGGUGCCAUUGUUGGAGUUGGUCAGGCUAUCAAGGAAAGCGAAGGGAAGUGGAAGAGGCCUGUCCUCGUCACUGGAGAAGGCUCUAUGCACCUCACUAUUCAGGCACUGGCAGAUAUGCUGCGGUGGGACCUCAAGCCAAUCAUAUUCGUGCUCAACAAUGGCGGAUACACAGUCGAGCGUCUCAUUCACGGCAAGGAAGCCUUUUAUAAUGAGGUCGCAGUUCUGGACUAUUCCAUGCUCGGCAGGACUUUCGGACCAGCAUUCGAAUCCAAGUACCACGGUCCUAUCAAGACUUGCGGAGAGCUAUCGUCACUCCUUCGAGACCCCAACUUUGGCAAUGUAGGCUGCAUUGAGUUGGUCGAACUCAUCUUACCUCCUCUCGACGCACCUUCUGCUGUCAUCAAGACUGGUGCCGCGAUCGAUGCAUUCAACAAAGCCAAGGCUGAGCAGGGGCCCAGCGGUAUCCAAGCUCUCAAGUGCGCAGCCAUGUCGCUAAUGGCCAACGAUCCUGGCGAGCUCUCUCUGAGCAAGCUCCUCUCAACUCUCACCCAUACGGUCCAUCCAACCACUUACGUCUUCGCCACGUUCACUGACACCUCCAAUCUACCACCCCUGUCCGAAACGCAGAUGAUCUUCAAGGAGUCCGAGGGAGUCACUGUCAUUGUCAGCAAGGACUACGCAGAGUCACACAAGAUCGAUUACUUCUUCCCUUGCAAAAUGAUCAGUCUCAACGUCACCUCGAGCUUGGAAGCUGUCGGAUUCAUGGCGGUUAUCGCGACGAGACUGGCAGCCAAGGGCAUUGGUUGUAACCCUGUUAGUGGUUUCUAUCAUGAUCAUAUCUUUGUGCCUCUUGGUCGGGAGGAGGAGUCAUCGGAAGUGUUGGUGCGAUUAGCGGCGGAGAAAAGGGAGGAGACUGAGGAGGCAUAAGAACAAGAGCCAUGGAGGAACAAUUAUCAGUCUUGAGGGAUCCUUCGAUGUAAAAGGAUAAGAUCAUGAGAGUCUAUCUAUGUCCAGUAAGCUACUGCCUCCCAGAAGCCAGAGCUAAAUCACCGAGACAUCACUUCAAAAGCCACUUGAUGCUUUCAACAAGAUCUACAGCUGCUUUCUUCCCUUGA